CUGUAUAAUGUGUCAAAUACGCGGAACAUUAAACAUGUGGAACCUAAAAUUGGGGUUGAGGAAUUUGGGGACUCUUUAAGAGCGGAUCAGGCAUGUUAACCUCACAUCGCUGUGCGAAAGCACUGCAGCUCACCCUCGCGGUCAUCAAGCCUGAUGCAGUGGCGCAUCCUGUCAUCUUGGAGGCCCUUCACCAGAGAAUCCUGGAGAACAACUUCAUCAUUGUCAGGUCCAAAGACCUGGUGUGGAGGAGACAGGACUCUGAGAAGUUCUACUCUGAACAUGCAGGACGGUUCUUCUACCAAAGACUGGUUGAGUUCAUGUCCAGUGGUCCGAUGCGGGCGUACGUCCUGGCUAGAGAGGACGCCAUAACCCACUGGAGAGAAUUGAUGGGUCCUACCAAGGUGUUCAGGGCACGCUAUACCUCUCCCUUAACCAUCAGAGCCCAGUACGGACUCACUGACACCAGGAAUACCACACACGGCUCUGAUUCGGUGGAGUCGGCGCAGAGAGAGAUCCGUUUCUUCUUCCCAGACUUCAGUCAGGAGACGUGGAUGGAGCGAGAGGAGCUGGGCUUCAGGAAGGGACGUAUGGAGUAUAACCAGAAGAAACAGAUACACACGUUACCAGUUCACAGCUAACUGCUGAUCUCAGGACACAUUUAAACAAGUGACUGGACCAGGGUCUGUAUUCAUAAAAUAUCUCAAUAAGUACAGUACCAGUCAAAAGUUUGGACACACCUACUCACUCAAGGGUUUUUGUUUUUACUAUUUUCUACAUUGUAGAAUAAUAGUGAAGAUAUCAAAACGAUGAAAUAACACAUGUAGAAUUCAAGAAAAGUGUUAAACAAAUCAAAAUCUAUUUUAUAUUUGAGAAUUUUAAAAGUAACCACCCUUUGUCUUGAUGACAGCUUUGCACACGCUUGGCAUUCUCUCAACCAGCUUCACCUGGAAUGCUUUCCCAUCAGUCUUGAAGGACUUCCCACUUAUGCUGAGCACUUGUUUGGCUGCUUUUCCUCCACUCAAUUCAACCAUGAAGGCCUGAUUCACACAGUCUCCUCAGAACAGUUGAUGUUGAGAUGUGUCUGUUACUUGAACUCUGGGAAGCAUUUAUUUGUGUACGGCAAUUUCUGAGGCUGGUAACUCUAAUGAACUUAUCUUUUUCAGCAGAGGUAACUCUGGAUCUUCCUUUCCUGUGGCGGUCCUCAUGAGAGCCAGUUUCAUCAUAGCGCUUGAUGGUUUUUGCGACUGCACUUGGAAGAAACUUUAAAACGUGUUAUUUCAUAGUUUUGUCGUCUUCACUAUUAUUCUACAAUUUAGAAAAUAGUAAAUAUACACUGCUCAAAAAAAUAAAGGGAACACUUAAACAACAC